AUGGUAAGGACGUAUAUGGAACCCGAAGAUUUUCAGAAGCUGGUGCACGUAGGCCUUAGGAAGCUCCUCCUCCCAUGGGAAGAGAACUCGGCAGAGCUACGUGAAUAUUAUUUGUGCUUUGCUGCAAAAUCGACCGAUCCUUUUACGGUGGAGUUGGAGGAUGAGGAGGAUGAGGAGGAUGAGGAGGAUGAGGAGGAUGAGGAUGACGAUAAUGAUAAAUCUGCUUAA